CCCACGGGCGGGCCAGGGAUCAGUAUGAAUGACCACACAACAUCAGACGAACGGCUUCUAGCCAGUAGAGGAGCAUUUGAACGAGUGAUUGCAGCUCAUGUCGCAGCACAACCAGCUCCAGCUCCUAUCUUGGCGGCACCUGCAUUGAAGGAAGCCAUAGACGCUGAUCGCAAUGCCGACUUCACGGUGGAUAUAACAGUUUGCAUUCGCGUACGGCCACUGCUACCCGACGAAGAGAAUGCUGGCCAUUACUCUGCGGUGGCCGCAAUCAACCCCUCUUUGCAUGUAUUCGCUCCAAAACUAAAGUAUAACGGGCAAUUAACUGCCAACACCACUACUGUGAACGCUGACGUGGUCUUUGGUCCGGAUGACGAGACUGAAAAAGUUUUUGCAGCGACUACGCUGGGUUUGAUUCCUGUAGCAUUGGGUGGAGGCGUGGGUACAUUUCUUGCUUAUGGACAGACGGGAUCUGGAAAAACCCACACGCUCACCGGGGUUGAACGAUGUGUUGCGCGAGACAUCUUCAAUCUCGCAAAAGAAUACCGGCUGCUUCAAGAUCCGUCUACGCCUGUUUCCGACGAUGCGGAUUUUACUAUCAAGCUGUCAUUUUUUGAGCUCUUUGGUAAUCAGGCGUAUGACCUUUUAAACGAUCGAGCCACUGUGGAUAUUCUUGAAGAUACCUUUGGCGCGAUUCAAAUCAAAAAUAUAACCGAAGAAAUUAUCCAAACCACCGAACAUUUUCAGUCUCUCAUCACAAAGGCAUCUUCGCUUCGCCGUACUAAAGCGACCGCUAAAAACCGUCAAUCUAGUCGGUCUCAUGCCAUUUGUCGAAUCCGCAUCACUAACCGCCGGUUACCCCAUAUGGAGGAUGGUAUGCUGUAUCUCAUUGACCUUGCUGGAUCCGAGGGAAGCGGGGAUACAAAGCACCAUGAUAAGGAAAGAAUUCUAGAGUCAAAGGAGAUCAAUAAAAGCCUGCAGGCCCUCAAGGAGUGUAUCCGUAGUCGGGCGUUGGCGGCCACGACCACCGGGAAACACGUUCACGUGCCUUACCGAACCUCCAAGAUUACGGUGCUUCUGAAAAACGCGUUUGAAUUGUCAUCAGCCAAACAAUCUCGAACUGUAAUUGUUGGCACAUUGGCUCCCAGCAUCCUGGAUGCUUCUCAAACCGUAAAUACGUUAAGAUUUAUGGGCCCACUCAAAGUCACUCCAUCCCUCAAGCGUCGUGCAAAAUCUAACGACCCUGAUGACCCGGCAACGUGGGACAAUGCCACUUUACGCGGCUGGGUAAGCAGGGCGUACCCAAAGGUCAAUCCAGACAUCCUUUGUCCCACAGAAUCAGGACGUCAAAUCUGUAGACUGCCAGAGGGCGAGUUUCUUGAACGAUGUCUGCAAUGCGAAGACGUGACUCCAAAGAAGGCAAAGGCUUUUUACUUGAGACUGUGGGGUUUGCUUAUUGAUGCGCGGACCAAAGACAGGGUAAUGAAAUUAAGCCAACGUCCGGGGAAAUUGGAAGCCCAGAUGAGGGAGAUGGAGGAUUUAGAGAUCAUGGCAAGAAGCGCAGGUUGAUGAAAUUCAACCAGUAAUCAGAUAAAGUAGACCAAGGAUAGAGGUCAUUGCAGAAUGUGCGUUGGCAUAGGUGUGCUUAUGUAGUGACACGAUAGCUCAGAAGGAUUUUAUUGGAGACCAUCACAGGCAACAGAAUAGAUUCCAUAGAGCGCCGUGAUGUGGACAGAUCAGCCCCUCAAUAUAUCCUUUGUAGUUUCAAUAAAAUGGCCCCC